AACAGUAUGUUUGAAAAAUUUUUUUAUGUUUUGUGUUUGUAUUCCAUAAAGCCCAUAACUCAUUCAAUUUUUCAAAAUUAGGGUGGCGAAAUAAUAAAAUCAAUUUAGAAAAUAUAAAUUUCGUUAUUUUUUUCAACUUAUACAUAUAAUCAAUGGGAAUUCUAGGUUUAUCCAAGUUAAUUGCCGAUGUUGCUCCUUUCGCAAUAAAAGAAGCUGAUAUUAAAACAUUUUUCGGGCGUAAAGUUGCAGUUGAUGCUUCAAUGUGCUUGUAUCAGUUCCUGAUUGCAGUGCGGAGCGAAGGGGCUCAGUUAACAACAGUUGAUGGUGAGCCAACUUCUCAUUUAAUGGGCGUAUUUUAUAGAACUAUUCGUUUACUUGAAAAUGGUAUUAAACCUGUUUAUGUAUUUGAUGGAAAACCACCAGAUUUGAAAUCAGGUGAAUUGGCAAAACGUGCCGAAAGACGUGAAGAAGCUAAAAAAGCAUUAGAGAAAGCUACAGAAGCGGGAGAUGAAGCUGAAAUGGAGAAAUUCAAUAGACGUCUUGUGCGUGUAACAAAAGAACAUUCAAAUGAAGCUAAAGAACUGCUAAAACUAAUGGGAGUUCCAUAUGUUGAUGCACCAUGUGAAGCUGAAGCACAAUGUGCAGCAAUGGUAAAAGCUGGAAAAGUCUAUGCAACAGCUACGGAAGAUAUGGAUGCUUUAACAUUUGGCUCUUCCUUAAUGCUUCGGCAUUUGACAUUUAGUGAAGCAAGAAAAAUGCCAGUUAAAGAAUAUAAUUAUGAGAAAAUCUUAAAAGGAUUCGAGUUAUCGAAAGAAGAGUUUAUAGAUCUAUGCAUAUUGUUGGGUUGCGAUUAUUGCGAUAGCAUAAAAGGAAUUGGUCCAAAGAGGGCUAUUGAAUUAAUAACGCAAUACAAAAAUAUAGAAACAAUAGUGGAAAAUAUUGAUACAAAAAAAUAUACAAUUCCAGAUGAUUGGAAUUAUCAAGUUGCAAGAGAUUUAUUUAUUAAUCCAGAAGUAAAAAAUGCGGAAGAAAUAGAGUUAAAAUGGACAGAUCCUGAUGAAGAAGGCUUAGUUAAAUUUUUAUGCGGUGACCGCCAAUUUAAUGAAGAACGAGUUCGAAACGGGGCAAGAAAAUUAUUAAAAUCAAAAAAUUCUUCAACGCAAGGACGACUUGAUAGUUUUUUUAAAGUAUUACCGUCUUCUGCACCUUCUCCAAAACGAAAAGCAGAGGAUUCCAAAAAAAAUGUUAACAAAAAGCUCAAAAGUGGUUCUGCAAACCGAGGAAGAAAACCAAAAUAAUGAAAAAAUCAAAGAAAAUUUUAUUUGCCCUUAAUAUGUAUUUUAAUAAAGAUAUUGCUUUGCCAACGCCCU